CGGGUACGAAGCCCAACAUACCAUUGUCUCAGCAAGUGCAACGUCAGCAAACGCGUAGACUAAAGGAAGUGAAACCUGCAUGACGCGCCUUGACUUUAGUUUUCCAAUUGUUUCAGGUUAUUCGUUCCCAGUUUGACUGUAUGUUUUCGAAUAGAUUGACAGGAUGAGUGACCUUCCCAUCUUCAACCCAUUGGUCCUGAUCGGUGUGGGCUCCAGCUUUGCCUUCUCUGGCUUGUUUUACCACUUAUACAAAGAGAAGAAAGAAGAAAUGGUCAAGCUGAAGGAAAUACCCAAAUUCGUCCCGGAUCAACACUUGGUAAGGAUCCUCAAGGCAUCGCCCCACAGAAAACUGCAGUACGUCGCAGUAGAAGGUUUGGUCCAGGCGGACGGCGACACUCUGACCAGUCAGUUUGUCCCAAGAUGCUUUGGGGUGAUCCAGAAAAUAGCUGUAGAGGAACACUGGAAAGUGUGGAACAACAUCACUAGAACAUGGAACUCCAGAACGACCAACAGGAAGGAGACUAACAACGCCGUCCCCUUCAGUCUGGUUGAACCGGGCGCCUACAUCACCGACAUCGCUGUGAAGGUCCAUUCCCCUCUGGAGGCUUCCGGCUGGUUCCUGGAGAGAGUUCACUGCAGUGUCAAACACGCCCAGGAGGGCCUGGUGGACGUGUUGUUGGAGGGCCUCAGCGGCGAGCGGCCCAUGGCGCAGAAGGAGACGGAGGAGCUGCUCCGUGUUGGAACCACUAUGACAGGUUUCGGGGAGGUGGUGCUGGAGGGAGGGACAGGGACGACCAUGAGGCUGCAGGCGCCACAAGAUGGCCGCCGCUACAUCCUGGUCCCCACGGACUACAAGGGGUUUAUAGAGAGACAUGAGGGUACGGCCAAUCUGUGGAUGAGGCUGACGGCGCUGUUUGGGAUUACGGGAGCAUCGCUGCUGGCCGGGGCGGUUUAUAGUACGAUGGGGAAAAAGGACAGAAGGGAUUAGUAGUGAUGAUGCCCAAAUCGACUACCUUCUACCGAGCCCUCCUGCACAUCUAAAAUUAUUGGAUAGGUUUUAAGCAAUAUGUUGAAAAUUCAACCCAGCCUAUCAGAAGGUGAAGUAUAGCUUAAACUUAUCCUAUUUCUUUGUAGAUACAAAUAUAUUUUGUUAAUGACAGAUUAUGUCCUAGGUGAAUGGUAAAUGUCUGUGGUGAAUAUUAUUAAACCACUCAAUUUAUAGGAUUAUGGAGGACCAUAGUUAUUGCAAGACCGUGUCUUGACAAAUCCCGUCCACGGGGUAUCAGUGGCACAUAAGAGACAGUGUUUAAGUCGAUGAAUUAACAACAGAGUACUUACACUGGAACGUCGGCCAUUUUCUUUUCUUUUCUUUU